AGGUCCCGCGGAAGAAUGCCGUGCCACCUCCAAGCACAAGGCGGGGCUUCGAGUUGGUUCAUCGGUAAUCCGACGCAGGAGUACGUGAUGUUUUUGACAGAGCCGUUCCUACUACAUUCUAAGAGACCAAAGCGAAGGCCAUUAAUUUCCAAUGAAUACCUCCUCACCGUGUUCGAGGAAGGCGGCGACGAGUCCACCGGCGAAGAUCUCCUCCUCCUUCGCGAUAGGACCCUACUGCUGCCUUUCCCUUCUCUCUCCCCGCAUCCUACUCCUCCUCCUCUUCUUCUUCGCGGCCCCUCUUCUUGGAUCGUCUUUCGGCCGAGCGGAGGGCGAUUUCUUCGAUCCUACCCGGGUGACCCAGCUCUCGUGGCGUCACAGGCUAAGGGUAAGUUGGAGAAAUCGAUGGUCGCGGACAAUGAGUCGGGGAAGCGUGCGAUGAGCGAGGUUCCGACUAGCACGGGCAUGUUCCUUGGUAAGCGCCAGGAUGAAAUUGGUGUGAGAGAAGGAUUGCGGCUUGGACCUUUCUUCCAGAAGUUUGCAUGGAAGCUGUCCUGUUAGAAGGCGAGAAGUGGUCGGCAACAAAGUGGAUUCAUGUGAGGUCUUUUGACAAGCCAGAGAAGCAGGGGUCAAGAGAGGGACGUGUAGAUGAGAACGUUCUCUGCCCACAGUGGGCUGCAGACGGAGUGUGUGUGAAGAAUCCUCCUUAUAUGGUAGGUAGGGUCAAAUGACUCACCUGGAUUCUGUAGAAAGAGCUGCCAUGUAUGCUCUUUGUAGGUCAUUUUUUGUGGUAUAGUCUUAGCAUGAAUAUUAUUUUGAUUGUACUCAUACCACUUACUAAUGGCAAAUGAAAAAUACAUGAACAGAUUUUAA